AUGAGUGUCCUUAGCAGUGUGUGCAUGUGUGUGUGCGUUCUGCGCUGGCUUUUGCUGUGUGUGAUGUGUCUGUGUGUACUGUGCCAGAGAGACAGUUUGGUGGCUGGGCCACCUAACAGAAGGUGUGAGGGGGGUUGCAUUGCAACAGCAUCUCCCCCUAAAACACACCACACACAGAGGAAGGACACACUGCUCAGAAAAACACAGGUGAGUUUAGUUGAGUAUUCUUAUUCAUCUUCCAUCUCAGAACGUUUGAAGCUGCUACAGCGGUGUAUGAGUCAACAUGAACCAGCCUCAGGAAAUCGAAGAGAUGGAUCUGAUUCCCUAGCAGCUAUUUUGGCUUUAAUGACAGCUGUGCUUACCGAGUGUGACCUACACUGCCACAGUCAGAGACUUAGAGACAUGGCUGGCAGGCUAGAGAGUGCAGCAGUGGUGAAAAAUGGAGAAAAAGAUUUGCUGCUGUUGAUGAAGAGCAUCACACAGUUUGGCCCACUACCAACACCAAUUGCUUUAACAGUAUCUCCCUCCACAGGAUUUUAUCCACAGGAUUGCUAUGAGAUCUUUAAGUUUGGAAUUAAAGAGAAUGGAAUUUACACCAUCCAACCUGACCCUCAAAAGCCAGCACUGGAGGCUGUGUGUGAUAUGGAGUCUGCAGGAGGUGGAUGGACUGUGUUUCAGCGUCGAUUUGAUGGGCAAGUGGACUUUAACCGGACCUGGCAGGAGUAUCGGGAAGGCUUUGGUUCUCCGCAAAAGGAGCACUGGUUAGGGAACAGAGUUCUACAUGCUCUUACCUCCAAUGGUCAACACACACUCCGCAUCACUCUCCAAGACUGGCAUCAACAGUCCAGACAUGCCAUCUACAACAACUUUAAAGUGGCAGGAGAGAACCAAAGGUUUCGUUUGACUGCACAAAGCUACCAAGGUGACGCUGGUAAUGCUCUCAGCUAUAGUAAGCAUUACAACCAUGAUGGCAGAGCUUUCAGCACAUAUGAUCAUGAUCAUGAUCGCUAUGCAGCUGGUAACUGUGCUCAGUACUAUGGUUCAGGCUGGUGGUUUGAUUCCUGUUUGGCUGCCAAUUUAAAUGGGCGUUACUACCACGGCCGCUACUCUGGCAUCACAGAUGGCAUCUACUGGGGCACCUGGUACAUUCUCACUGAUUCUCGAACUGGGCAGAGAUACUCAUUUAAAAGUGUGGAGAUGAAAACACGGCCCAGACAGCCCUAAAAUAAGCAUCUUCUUUUUAUGCUCAGAGA